UCAUAUUUCUACAGGUUCAAUGGGUCAGGCAGUCAUAUUUCUACAGGUUCAUUGGGUCAGGCAGUCAUAUUUCUACAGGUUCAUUGGGUCAGGCAGUCAUAUUUCUACAGGUUCAUUAGGUCAGGCAGUCAUAUUUCUACAGGUUCAUUGGGUCAGGCAGUCAUAUUUCUACAGGUUCAUUAGGUCAGGCAGUCAUAUUUCUACAGGUUCAUUGGGUCAGGCAGUCAUAUUUCUACAGGUUCAUUGGGUCAGGCAGUCAUAUUUCUACAGGUUCAUUGGGUCAGGCAGUCAUAUUUCUACAGGUUCAAUGGGUCAGGCAGUCAUAUUUCUACAGGUUCAAUGGGUCAGGCAGUCAUAUUUCUACAGGUUCAAUGGGUCAGGCAGUCAUAUUUCUACAGGUUCAAUGGGUCAGGCAGUCAUAUUUCUACAGGUUCAAUGGGUCAGGCAGUCAUAUUUCUACAGGUUCAAUGGGUCAGGCAGUCAUAUUUCUACAGGUUCAAUGGGUCAGGCAGUCAUAUUUCUACAGGUUCAAUGGGUCAGGCAGUCAUAUUUCUACAGGUUCAAUGGGUCAGGCAGUCAUAUUUCUACAGGUUCAUCAGGUCAGGCAGUCAUAUUUCUACAGGUUCAAUGGGUCAGGCAGUCAUAUUUCUACAGGUUCAAUGGGUCAGGCAGUCAUAUUUCUACAGGUUCAUUAGGUCAGGCAGUCAUAUUUCUACAGGUUCAUUGGGUCAGGCAGUCAUAUUUCUACAGGUUCAUUAGGUCAGGCAGUCAUAUUUCUACAGGUUCAUCAGGUCAGGCAGUCAUAUUUCUACAGGUUCAUCAGGUCAGGCAGUCAUAUUUCUACAGGUUCAAUGGGUCAGGCAGUCAUUUCUACAGGUUCAUUAGGUCAGGCAGUCAUAUUUCUACAGGUUCAAUGGGUCAGGCAGUCAUACUUCUAAAGAUCUGGGUGAACAAGUACACACAUUUGACAAGACUUUCAUGGGAGUUAGUGGCAUUUCAAGUAUUAUGACCCUGGUGGUAGUUUGACCCUUCUUCUGUAUCAUGAACCUAAAGGACUAUUCACUAAAACCCAAUUAAUCUCCUUUUUGGCCUCUGAAAAUAGCUGAUGUUAGAGGCAAAAGCAUCUGAGAAUACCGACCAGGGAGUCAUGUUGGGUUAUUUAUUUAUUCAUUAUUAUUUUUACAGUAAAGGAAGCAGCAAGGGCAAAAAUAGUAAUGAGAAAAGUCUGCUAAUCACUGUCCCUACAAAAAAUUUUAGAAGAAUGGCCAAAAGAGAGGUCAAUUUCAGGAGAGCCGACUUGAUUCUCUCCUCUCGAAAGUCAUUAUCCUCCCCUGAUCAUCCUAGACUUAUAUUAGUUUGAGCAGAGAUUUAACAUAUUAUUAUUGAGGUUAAUGAAAUGGCAUCAAUGGGAAACAACUGAUGUAGACCCAACCAGAGGCCCUUCUUUCAAACUUGACCUAACUUCACCUAUCUAAAUCUUCCUCCACCAAGCUAACACAGUGUACCUUCUCUCAAACCUAACCCAACCACCUAACUAUCUGUGGCUGGCUUUGGUAGGCAUAAAAAUCUAAGCUAACAUGACAUACCUUCUUCCAACCUAACCUAACUUCACCUAACUAUC